GAAGUAAGGAGUUCACAUUGUCGUACACACAGUGAGUAAAGCCGAGGCACCGUGUCGUAUCCAUGCUGUGGGAGCGCAGAGAGUUGUAGUCUGCAGGUGCUUUCAGUGUAUCUUGCUUAAACUGGACCAGCUGCAUGAUUCCACAAAACAAAAGGGACUACUUGAAGCGUUGGAAUAUUUUGAAAACACACUAUGGAAUAACAGCAACUGGAUCACUUUGGAAAUACUGAAGUGACUGAUUUUGGAUCCAUGGUUUGUCUUCAGGAAGGAAUUUUCACUAGACUAUGUGUUAUCAUUGUUGACGUUUGAAUUGGACUGCAUGUUUCUCUUGGACUAAAUGAAUUAGCACGGAUGAAUUGUCUGAACUGGAGGUUCUGAGUGAGUACGGCGCAAGCUCCUUACCUUUUGGGAGAAUACGCAAAGGGCAGCAGGGUAAAGAAAGGGGGGGAGGAAAUGAGGAAGCUAUAGCUUGUCUCCUGUCUCUAGGGAGGACUGCAUUCACCCCAGUGUCUCUACUGAAGAAUGCCGAGGGGAAGCGUUUAAAUGCUUUCAACCACAUGCGGCUCUAAAAGAAAGCACAUGAAAGAGAUCUCUGUGUUCCGGGCAGCAAGAGCAUUUUGGUCAAGGACACUUUAAAGGAAUGCCUCUAUUCUCUUUUGCUUUGUGUCCAACCAACCAUUCAUUCUGGAUCCUGCAUCAAGGGAAUUCCCCCCACAUUAUAUCUGCUGUAUAAUUUCAACCAAAUAUGCUAGCUUUCUUUCCUGUAAGGAUGCACAACUUCACCUUACAGAUGGACAAUACAAGCUUCCACUUCAACGACUGGAACAGUUCUAACAGCUCAGAGCAGAGUAAUGAAGUGUGCCCCAAGAAUGACGGAUUCAAGUAUCCGCUCUACAGCACAGUGUUCAGCAUUGUCUUUGUGGUGGGACUUAUAAUGAAUGUAAUAGCCAUGUAUAUCUUUUCCUGCACGCUGAAAGUCCGUAAUGAAACCACCACAUACAUGAUGAACCUAGUUGUUUCAGAUCUGCUGUUUGUUCUCACGCUACCAUUGCGAGUCUUUUACUUCAUCCGCCAAGACUGGCCAUUUGGUGGUUUGCUGUGCAAGCUGUCAGUCUCCCUGUUUUACACAAACAUGUAUGGCAGCAUCCUUUUCCUCACCUGCAUCAGUGUGGACCGGUUCUUAGCCAUUGUUUACCCUCUUCGUUCGCGGGAGCUUCGGACCAAGCGCAAUGCUAAGAUAGUAUGUGUAGCAGUAUGGGUGCUGGUGCUCUCAGGCAGUCUGCCAACAGGCUUCUUGCUGGACUCUACCCCCCGCCAAAGUAACAACUCCUCUGCCCAGUUCUGCUUUGAGAACUUCUCUUCCAAGCAGUGGAAGUCUCAUCUAUCCAAAGUGGUGAUUUUCAUAGAGACUGUAGGUUUCCUCAUACCACUGCUCCUCAAUGUUUUCUGUUCAGCAAUGGUUCUUCAGACACUGAGGAGGCCAAAGACAGUCACUCGAGGUGGGAAACUUAACAAGACGAAGAUCUUGCGUAUGAUAAUGGUGCACCUUUUUAUCUUCUGUUUCUGUUUUAUUCCUUAUAAUGUCAACCUUGUGUUUUACUCACUGGUGCGCACCAAAAUCUUGGAAGGCUGUGCAGCAGAGACUGUAGUCAGGACCAUUUAUCCAAUUGCUUUGUGCAUAGCUGUAACCAACUGUUGCUUUGACCCUAUCGUGUACUAUUUUACUUCAGAAACUAUACAAAACUCCAUAAGAAGGAAGUCACAGUUAGAUACAAACUAUAGCAUGAAGUACUCUGAAGCAUUGCAAUCAGAGACAAGCUCAGGCUUUAAUUUCAGCCUGAGGUCCCUUACAAACAAGAUGUUCUUCAAUCCACUGCAAGAGUCCAUUGCGUGAGGAGACUUCUUGACUCUUUGAGCUGUUGGGUAUUUGAUACAAACAUCUGUUCCGUUAAUGGACAGUUAACAGUUAAUUGUUACCACAUCGUAUUGAAGAGUCUGUGCCAUUUUAUUUUAACAUAUCAGAACAGCUAAAUAUGCACGAUAUCAGAACAGAAUGUGUAAAAAUAUGUAAAAUAAAGUAUUUAACUCCAAAAUACUUUUUAAAUGAACUGUAAUCAGUUUACUUUGUCACAUUGAAUGUUUUUUUUAUUUUAUUUUUUUUAUGAAUAUUAACAAAUCAUAAUCUUAACAUCGUGAUGUGUCAUAAUGUUUAUAAAUGUCAUUAUAGCACUUUAUGCUACAGUGUUAAUGUACAUUGUCAUCUCACAUUUUCUUAUGCACUGAUUAUAUUUCUGUUACCUGUAACAUGAAUAAAAAACUUUAAAGUGUAAAUAAUACAGUAUUAUAGGGCAUUAACUGUGUUGGACACAUGAUGAAAGCUGAUGUGUUUUGGAUCUGGUGUGCAUCAAGAAAUACAAGUACAGAAUAAACAUGAACUCUGACAACA